UGCGCAUGCAUUUGUUGAUAUUACAGAUCAAAGUCAAUUUGAUAGCUGCAAAUUUGGGUUUGAGAUUGGGUAAAAUAUCUGCUAAGAUUUGAUGCAUGAAGAUCUGUGUGAUGAUUGUGGAAUAACUUGACCAAGCUUUUAUUCUAUUAACUAGGAAGAGUAGGAAGUGGAAAACAAUGUGCUUAUUAACAUGUUUCAAACUUGGUUAAGUGCAUUACAUACUUUUGACAAGAAAAAGCAUUAAAAUUUGUUGUCAAUUCAUAAAUUUUUCUCUCAAGGUAAUUGAGCACGUGGCAGAUCCUGCUGAAUUCUGCAAGUCUCUGUCAGCAUUAACUCAUCCAGGUGGUGCCACUGUGGUUUCAACGAUUAACCGAUCUAUGAGGUCAUAUGCAACAGCCAUUGUUGCAGCAGAGUACCUUCUCCAUUGGCUUCCCAAAGGGACGCACCAAUGGUCAAGUUUCCUGACUCCUGAAGAGUUAGUAUUGAUCCUGCAACGUGCUUCUAUCAACGUCAAAGAAAUGGCUGGAUUUGUUUACAACCCCUUGACCGGACGAUGGUCUCUUUCUGAUGAUAUCAGCGUAAAUUUCAUCGCAUUUGGUACCAAAAGUGGCGAAUGAUCAUUAGCCAGCUUUACCUUUCCUUUUUGGUUUGUCAAGUCUAAUUUCUACAAAUUUUGAUUAAAAUUAUAAGCAAAUUUUAUAAUAAGAAAGAUUGAUUAAGAAUAUAGAUUUUGCUUCA